AUGCGAGCCGCUUGUUUGCGAGCCCUCGGGCCCGCGCUCCCGCGGCAGCCGUUUGCGGCUCUGAGCAGCGCCGCGCGGCGCGGCCGCAAAAAGCUCGACCCGGCCGCUGCUCGCGUGGCGCAGGAGGCGCACUUGCAGGAGGCGCUGCGGCUUGUGCGAGCCUGUGCGGUCCGCGGGUACGACGAGGGUGUCUCGGUGGACGUCCACCUGAACGUCGACGCCAAGCGCACCGAGGAGCGCGUGCGCGGGCAGGUCAUGCUGCCGCACGGUCAGGGCAAGACCGUCCGCGUCGCGGUCUUUGCGCGCGGUGCCGACGCCGACGCAGCCCGCGCGGCCGGUGCGGACCUGGUGGGAGCGGAGGAGCUGGUGGCCGAGGUGGUGGCCGGGCGGCUCGACUUUGAUCGCGUGCUCGCCACGCCCGACGCGCUGCCCGCCCUCGCCAAGGCUGCGCGCGUGCUCGGCCCCAAGGGGCUGAUGCCAAAUCCAAAGCGAGGGACGGUGGUGACGGAGGUGGCGGCGGCGGUGCAGCAGGCCAAGGCGGGGCAGGUCGAGUUCCGCGCGCAGAACCAGGGCGUCGUGAUGGUCGGGCUGGGCAAGGUCUCCUUCGGCGCCGACCGCCUCGCAGAUAACGCGCCCACGGCGGCGAUCGCUGCCCUCGCGGCGGUGCUCGGCGCGCGGCCGGACCGGUUCCGAGGCAAGCCGGUGCACCGCAUCACCCUCUCCUCCACCAACGGGCCCGGCAUCGACCUCGACCACUUCCUCUGGUAA